UUAAAUUUGUGCACAUGGAUGUGAUAUUGAUAAAUUCCCAUCAUCUUUAAAAUGUUGUGCAUAAAAAUUAGUGUCGAAAUGUUCCAUUUUCUUUUCACAGUUGGCUCUUUGUCCUCAGAGGAUCAUGACUUUGAUCCAACUGCUGAGAUGUUGAUUCAUGAGUAUGAUGAUGAAAGAACUUUAGAGGAGGAGGAACUUCAGGACAGAGAGAAGAAUUUCCAUGCAGAAUUGGCAGACUUGGAGAGGGAAGGGAACAUGCCGAUCGAGGAGUUGUUGGCUAUGUAUCGUUACGACGAAUCGGUCAGUACAGGUGCAGGAUCGAGCAUGGACAGUUCUUCUGUUGAACUAGCAGAUGAUCUGCCUGACAUGACACUCGAUAAGGAGGAGAUUGCAAAAGAUCUCUUGUCAGGAGAUUAUGAAGAGGAGACACAGUCCUCUGCUGAUGAUCUGACUCCUUCUGUUACCUCCCAUGAGGCCACAGACUUCUUCCCUAGAACACUCAGAUCCAACAUGACUUAUGAUGGUGAUAAAGAAUCUGAGGGCGAGGAAGAUUGUGUGAGCAGUGAAGAUUCCAGAAAGGAAAUAAUGGUGGGGUCCCAGUAUCAAGCAGAAAUUCCCAUGGGCCUCAGCCACUAUAACGAUGAUGAAAAGGUGUAUGAGGAGGAAGACCUGUUGCUGUGGAGUCCUGGAGCAUUGUCAGAGUGUAAAGUGACAGACUAUCUCAGAGAGGCACUGUCACCGUCUACAGACGGAAGCGCUGGAGAUUCCGCAUCUGAACACAUACACGAUAACGAGCAGGCCUUGUUUGAGCUUUUGAAGUGUAAUUAUGACAGCCGUGAGGCACUGACGCGAUAUUGCUAUAAUGUGAAAACAUCGAAAGAAGAGUCACCGCCAUGGUCAGAGGAUGAAUGCAGGAACUUUGAACAUGCACUGCAGAUUUAUGAGAAGAACUUCCAUCUUAUUCAGAAACACAAGGUUCAAACACGGACUGUAGCAGAAUGUGUGGCUUUUUAUUAUAUGUGGAAAAAGUCUGAACGGUUUGACUUCUUUGCACAACAGAACCGAUUUGGCAAGAAGAAGUACAGUAGUUAUCCGGGUGUGACAGACUUGAUGGACAGAUUGGUGGAUGAGGCGGAGGGUCUGGCUGUGGACAGCUCAUCCUCCGUGUGUUCAGCUGGAGCAGGGGGAAGGAUGGAGGCAUCGGCAGAGCAACAACUCGGACUGCUUAACUCCAUUACUGCCAGUGACCUUACAGCUCUUAGUAACAGCGUAGCAACCGUGUGCAAUGGUCCAGGAGACGUGAGCUGUUUAGACUCCCCUUACUUCCCUCCUUUGGAGAGUUUACACAGAGGAGCCCUGAACCACGACAAGCAGCUCAGUUUUGCAACAAAAGGAGACAACGGCUGCCUCAACAUGCUGGAUUCCAGAUUCUACCGUUCGGACCUGGGCCAGAUCAGCAUGUGUAGCACCAAAGACUGCGAACGGCCAUCCAAGAGGCUUAAAAUGGGCCUUACGGAGUCCUUCAUUAGUGACGUACCUGUUUCUAAUCUGGCUGUUGACUUCGAGGGCAGACGUACGCACCGCAUCACAGGUGCCACCAUGGCGGUGUCGGUCACUGACUUCAACAGCGUAGGGUGCGGUGAAGCCAACGGUUUCAUCAGCUCGCAUUCACGACACCACCAACACACCGCACUUCAGUCUGAUUGACUUCUUUGGCCACCCAGAGCCUGAUUCAUCCACUCACUGACUAUUUUGUUUUUUAUAUGACAUCAGUGAUGUCUUUAUUGUACAGAACUAAGAAAUCUUGAUUUCUCAAGAGUAUAAAUAGCCAUUUAUUUUUUCUGGUCCUUCAAAUAUUUAAUAUUCUUUUUGUCUACGGUGAUAUACAGUUUAACUAAAUGCUGGAGCAGAGAGCCGUGGUCUCUUAUGGUGCGUUCACAUACAACACGAAGCGAGUGUUUUGCGUGGCGCAAAUUAAGCAAAUUGCGUGACUCGAACACACAAAUGACGUGUUGUCGCGAAAGCCUAUCAGCAUUGAGAUUGUCCGGAUGUCACUGACGUAGUAGCAGAAGAAAUCUGGAAACAUUUAUAAAAAAAAUUUUUGUAGUGGUGUUUGGGCACUCGGAAUUGUAUGACAACGUCAUACAUGUACCUGAGACCGGACGAAAAAAGACAUCGCUUGGAGGAAAGUGAGUGAGGAAAUUGAACUACCUGGUAAGUUCUGAAAAUAUGGACGUCUACUUGAUUCCAGCUAUUGGUUGUACUUUACUAUGAACCAAGUCGUAGAAGCCCCUCCUCCUGUCCUUUUCUGGAAGAGAAGGGGAAUACUCGUGGGUUCGAGUUACUCGCGCAAAUGCGAGUUUAAACACACAUUUAUAAUCCAGCGGUCAAACUUGAACAAGCAAUGCGAGGCGAAAAUUAUCUUCGCAUUGUAUGUGAACACACCAUUACUGUACUCAUCCCAACGCCUGCAUCUUAGUCGCUGCCGCCAGAAACUGCAUUUGUUGUUGUCAUUUUUUUUUUUUUUAUGUAUGUGUGUUCGUUUCUAAAUUGGUACUUUUUCAGUGUUUACACAACCCAGGAUAGACUGAAACCUUGGAAAAUUUAGCAUUUUGUAUACCACAAAACUGCCUUUUGUAAUUGAAAAUAGUGACUUCUUUAGAAGAAAGACUACAUGUUGAAACAAAGAGCACUUCUAGUCGUUAAGAUGUUUCCACGUUUUCCACUUGUUGCCCAUAUAAGGCAUGCUUGCCCAUUUGCAUCUUGUUAAUUGGUGUAGCAGUUUGAGAUUUGAACUUUAUAAUUCCCAAUUUAUUGUGGUAAUCCACACGUGUAAAUUAUCUUUUUAAUGAUCGGGGAGAAGAAACAAGAAGGAAAAAAACCAAAACCUUUCAAGAAUUACUUUUUUAUUUUGCUUUCUAUCUAGAGAAUUUGUUUGGUAACACUUUAUAAUAAGGUUCCAUUUGUUAACAACAUUAUUUAACAUGAACUAACAGUGAACAAUACUUUUAAAUAAUUUAUUAAUCUUGGUUAAUGUUAAUUUUUAAUACAUUUUUCAAAUCAAAAGUUGAACAUGUUAACAUUAAUGUUCUAUGAAUGAACAUUAACUAACAACGAGCUGAAUUGUAUUUUUAUAUACUAGCAUUAACAAAGAUUAAUUAAUGCAUGUAAAAUUAUAGGAGAAUAUUGCUAAUUGUUAAUUCAUGAUACCUAAUGCAUUAACUAAUGUUAAUGUAAAGUGUUACCAUUUGCUUUUCACAAGUAACAAAACAUACUAUAGUGCCAGUGAACAAAGAUUUUUUUUCUCAGCUGAGCAUUGUUUGAAGCUGGGCACUUAAACAAUAUUGUACAUUUCUGAGUCUAGGGGGCUCUAUAAUUUAAAUAAUAUUUUUGCAACUGUGAUCAAAUCAGUUGAAUUUGACACCUAAACAAAUUUGUCCACAGCAUCAACAGGAUCUUUUCUGUCAAAUCUGGUUAUUUUGGUCAUGCUCACCAGGACAGUCUGAUGACACAUAACAAUUACUGUUGUCAGCAACACUUUAAAAUGAUCAAGUAAUUCAACAGGAAAGUCAUCUGGAGAUUAAAUUUUUUAUUGUGCCAGAUUUGACUUUCUAAUAGGCUUUAUGACCUGCAAGGAAGUUUUAUGAGAGGGGCUUUAUGGGACAGUCACUUGCACUUGACAGCAUUAGCAUAAAUUAAUGUUUAAACUGUACAUAUAUUAAGCUGUGUGACUUGCACUGAGCAUUUAGAAUUCCCUUGUGAAGAUAAUAAGUAGCAUUUAAACAGAUUAACAUCCUCCAUGUCAUUUAUAGUCAUCAAUAACUGUCAACAUUUGCUGGUACUCUAAACGGCAAAUGCUUUAAUUCAGAUUGAACCAGUGUUUUUUCCCCCAGCUAUGCAUUAUGUAUAUUUGGUUGCUGCCAGAGGUACUGAAAAUAGGUUAUUUACCAUUCUUGUCAUUUGUAUGCAUUAAGCUAAUUGGACUCUUGUUCAUUUUUCGAGAUAUUACAAGCGGAGUAAUAUUACAUGACAAUAAUCUAUUCGGCUUGUAUCGAAUCUGAUACUGCCUCCGAGUCCUGUUUGCUCUGCAUGCAGAGUAAAGUACCAUAGAAUUCAAUUGUAUGCUGAUUUUCCUGAUCAUGACUAGGGUAACAAAGUGCAAAAAUGCUGAAAAAUGUUCCUUUAAGGCAAUGUGUUGAUAUUGUUUUGCUUAAAGCAGUAAGAGAGGUCAAAAACAUGCAUGAUAGUGGUGAUUGUUUGUGAAAAAAACACAGAUAAUUUAGUGAGAGAUAUAUAUAUAUUUCUUAUACAUCAGUUUAUUCUUAAAUAACCUUAUAUGGACAUUCUGUUCAUCUAUUUGCUCAGUAUAAGAGCAUGUUUCCAGUUGUUCACCAUGAUUUUUACCCCCUUGAUAUUUAACAGCUGCUAUCAGUAAUGUGAAGAGUUUAUUGAAUGCACUGCAGUUACAAUUAUAAGUUGAGUUGAAAGAGUCUUGUAUAUCUGCAGUUAUUUCAUUGAAAAAAGUACUCAAUAGUAGCAUGUUUAAAGCAGAAAUUACAGACAAUGAUUGAAAAAGAGCAGUGGAUGACAUACAUUGACAGGAGUUAGAGAGCACUACAAAGAACCCGUCAAUGAUUUUUGAUUACACAAAUUGUUGCAUUCUCUAAAUGUACAUCAAGCAGAGAAUUUUAUCAUGCACAACAUAUAACAACCAGUGUAGUAGUUGGGGACGCAAAUUAAAUGUUUUUUUUAUUUUUGUACUUUGUAAAGUUCUGUGCUCCUAUUAUUCUACAUAGUUAUUAGUACUUUUAUAAAUGAUACAACAAACUGCACAUUAUUGUUUCUUCAACUAGGUUUUUUUUUUAGGUACAGUGGAAGUAAUUUUAUCCCAAAAUGUUUAGCAUAUUGUAUGUUUACUUUUAAAGGCCAACUUAGAGACCAGAAUGUUUUGUCCAAUAGAAGUAACAUAUUUUACAUAUUUUAAAAAAAAAAAAAUAUCAAAGUAGUUUGCUAAUGUGUCUUCAGUGGCUUUGGGUGUGUGUAAAUUAGUAGAGGGGGAGAACAAUGGUAAAUUUGUGAAUAAAACCAACAAAUUCUAUAAAUGUAUAUCCAUGUAUACAGACAAUCAUAACAUUUAAUAAUGGAAUUAUUCAAACAGAUAUCUCUAUUGUUUAUACAAAAUGUAAAUAUAAUUGUAAAAUGUAAAUAUAAUUGUAAUGCUUUUUGUUUUGCCAUUAUUUUGUAUUUUUGUUGUACUUAAUUACUUGGUGUAAAAAGUUCCAGAAAUAAAUGCUCUGGAAACAGAUGUGUGGUAAAU